AAAUGUGAAAAUACAGAGAAUAGCAGUCAUACAGAGAGUCAACAGUUUCAGCUAAUACAUCAGCCUGAUCUGGAUGUGGACAGGAAAGAUCUUCACAACAUAGAGAGCUGUAUAGAAACCCCCAAUGUGCAUUGGCUUGACAAAACAAGGGAAUUAAGACGGUGUCUUUCUGAUGUCUAUAAUAAUUCUACCUUCAGUAGCAUGUUACCAUUUCCAGAAUCCUCUCAUAUUUCAGUAGAUCUGAGGUCACUCUUUGCUGAUAUCUCCAUACUGUUGAAGGACACUAGAAAUCGCCCACUGAGGCAGCUUACAUUACCAGAUGUUCUGUCAGAACUGGGGGAAGUCACUAUGAUAGAAGGUGAAGCUGGCAGUGGGAAGACAGCACUGCUCAAGAAGAUUGCCAUUCUUUGGGCCUCAGGAAAAUGUCCUAUA